UUGUGCUGUCAAGUGCCGUUAAAACUCUCAUGGAGGAGUUUGGAAAGAACUACAACGCCAAUGGCCAACGCGGCCUGUUUUGGUUGACAGCCAAAGGAUUCGUGGCUUUUGAGGGUUAAACAAAGGAAUAUUUUUCAGAUCGACUUAACAGUCGGUGUCGCUGGAUAUAGUUUUUGAACAAGUGUCAUUUUACGUCCGCAUCGACGUCGUGUAUAUAUAUUUUUUAAAUGUUGAAUUAGGAUCUACGUGGCCAAACGAGGAGGCUAGCAAAAGGCAUAGAAAAUGUCCGCUGGCUAGCAUGCUAGCUAAUGUUUCCAGGUUCUUAUGUUAGCACGUUAAUCCCAUUUAAAUACAAGAACUGUAGCUAACGAGGAAAAACCGUCAGACAUGGUUUUAUGGAGAGGCAUGUUCUAUUUGUAUUCUCUUGUGGUUAAACUGGCUGUUGUGAAGUUAAUGCGUCAAGUUAGACUUUCCAGCUGUCAUACAAGACACCCUUUAACUUUAAUAAACUCAAGUUAAAUACAAGGCAGUUCUGGUCGAUGGUAACUAAAGCAGGUUCAUUAACUCGUAUAAUUAUAAACUGUCAGUGUUUAGUUAGCCCUUCGCCAGCAUCUCGUUCCGUUUUUCCCUUUCCGCCUUAAAUGGCGCAGCAGUUGAGUUCUGGCGCCUUAUUUACAUCGUUACGUUCUGCACCAUUUAAGGUGGAACGGGAAAUUCGAACAAGAAGCUAUUGCAUAUGAAUUCAACUUCAGUCUAGUGGCUUACCAUGUGUAACCUUGGCUAAAUUGCUCACGGAGUGCCAAACUUUAGCCCGCCGUGCUGUCUAGGCUAGGUUAACCACGUACCCAGCGCCAGGACCCAAACAUGAUUCGGCCUACAAGCUCGCAUAUUGACUUGUUCAGCAAGGCAGAGUGGAAGGUUGUGCUGGGCCACAGCUCUGUUGGUCUAGGGUGUUCUUGUGAGCUACUGCACGCGUCUGGUCACUGACCCCAGACUGUGAUUAACUGGUUACAUAACGCAGGCCUGUGGAGUGUCUAGCCCUAAAUCGGCGUUCUCCAACGUGGAACCGACAGCUGGUCGUGUUGAUCCACAGACCUGUAGCUUCUCUUGCAGCUGAACGAAAAGAGGCGCGUUGACAAGGGUGGCCACGUUUACUACCAGCAUCCCACGUUUUCCUGGACGAUGAACUUCGACCAUACAAAAUGACUUACUAUCGUGAUAGUACAGUGUUUUUCUGAAGAUCAUGGAUAUCAGUACUUGUGGAACACUGACCAAUUGCAUGUUUCUUUAUAAAGAGUAAUAUAACCCUAUUUAUGAUUGUUAACCUAAAGAAGCAAACUUUGGAAAAGACAUGCCUUGGUCAUUCAACAUUUUGGGGCGACAGCAUGGAGCUGUCCAGCCAUUCAGUGAUGAGGACGCUUCCAUUGAGACGCUCAGCCACUGCAGCAGCUUUAGUGACUCCACCAGCAUGGCAGAGGAAGGUGGAGAGGCUGAGGAUACUGCUCAGGAGGAUUUCCAGUACAAGCUGAAGGUUUACAUUGAUUGCACAGUUGAUAAAAGUGCUAAAACCAGGCAAGGUGCCCUGGAUGGAUUGAAGACUGCAAUGGCAACCAAAAUCCUAUAUGAAUUCCUUCUGGAGAGAAGAAUGACUGUCACAGACAGCAUUGAGCGCUGCUUGAAAAAAGGUAAAGGAGAGGAGCAGCGUGCAGCAGCCUCCCUAGCAUGUCUCCUGUGCAUCCAGUUAGGCUCAGGAAUCGAGAGUGAAGAAGUUUUCAAGACACUCAAACCCAUAUUUAAGACCAUCCUCAGUGAUGGAACAGCAAGCAUCCAGGCCAGACAGGCAUGUGCAACAGGUCUAGGCCUAUGCACUCUGGUUGCAGAAGAUGAUAUCUUGGACGUGUAUGCCACUAUGGAGUGCUUUGAGAGUCUCUUCACCUGCUCAUAUGUGCGAAAGGAUGGCAGCAGGCCCUCUCUGAGCCCUCAGGCUACUCAGCUCCACACCAACGCACUGCUGUCCUGGGCUCUGUUGCUCACCAUCUGCAGCGCCAGCCACAUCACAACAAUCAUCCACAAACAUCUGGCCAAGCUGCCACGGCUGCUGGAGAGCGAGGACGUGAACAUGCGAAUUGCAGCCGGGGAAACCAUCGCUCUACUGUUUGAGCUGGCCAGAGAUGUCAACCCAGAAUUUGAUUGUGAGGACUGGGAGCCACUGUGCAGCAAGCUGAAUGCUUUGGCCACUGACUGCAACAAACACCGUGCUAAGACUGACAAGAGGAAGCAGCGAUCUGUCUUCAGGGAUGUGCUGAAAGCUGUGGAGGAAGGAGACUUUCAGACGGAGACAAUCCGCUUUGGCACAGAGCGAAUGGUCAUUGACAGCUGGGUAAGGAAGAGGACCUACGAUGCCUUCCGAGAGUUUGUGGGCUCCGGAAUGAACUACCAUCUACAGGCAAAUGAAUUCAUCAGAGACGUGUUUGGCCUGGGACCACCUGUGCUUAUUGACUCUGCUGCGCUAAAAGCAAUGAAGAGCUCCCGCCUUGAGAGGCAUCUGUACAACGCUGCUGCAUUCAAGGCUCGCACCAAGGCCAGAAACAAGUUUCGUGACAAGAGGGUGGAUGUGGGUGAAUUUUAGAUCCUUUUCCCCCAACUCCAUUGAAUUAUUCUGUAACCCUGUGGUCCUUUGGGUCCAAUGUGUUUUGUCCAUGUAUAGAAUAAUAUUCCUAAGACAUGCAUUUUUAAUAUAUGUAUUUAUAUGGUAUGCUAUAGUUUGUGGUGGGUCUGUAUUCUGUAGCAUUAAAGCUUUGCUCAUAAUCUCAAUGUCUAUGCUCUCCCGCAGUGAUAUAGCGUAGUGAUGAGAAAAUAAAAUUGGAGCUCCCAGAA